AUGUCCGGUCAGCACCAUCCUCUCCUGGCGAGCUCACAGGGCUCGGAAGAUGGCCAUCUGGCAGAGCGUGCCGACGGACAGACCGAGACGAGCGACUAUAAGCAGCUACACUACAAGCCACGGUCAAGAGGACGGACGAGUGGAAGCGGCUUGCAUGCAGCGAGCCAGGCACAAGCCAACGGACAAGCUAGUCCCCUAGCUUCUGUGCCCCUCACGACGCAGUCUGUUCUAUCGACCGUCCCUACAACCUCAGCAAGCCUCGUAAAACCUUUGACUUCCCCGACCAAUGUCUCGUCCUCUUCGAGCCUGGCAGAGUCCAGUAGGGCUCUCACAGCUGUUUCCAAUGACUACCCCACUCCCGCGCCAUCGCCGACUUCUGCUACUGCCAAGCUAAAGCUGCAAAGCCUCCAAAGCUCUGUACAGGCCCUCGGCCUAUCGACCAAUUCUGCAGGCUGGCUCAUGCUCUCGCGGCUCAUAGAGCUGCACACUGGCUUGAUACAGACUGGCAAGGGAGCACGUCCGCCACAGGAUACCCAUGGCUGGACAGCAGUCUGGACAGCGCUCAGUGACGAUCGCGUCACUUUUCUCUUGCCCAAAGACGGCUUGCCGCCAAAUGAGACUAUCACACCGGCGCUUGUACGCGACCAUCUGGUCUUACUCGACUCUAAUUCUCUUUCUGCUACUCCAGGCACAGCUGCGGUGACGGUGGCAACCCUGAACGGUCUCAGAGGCGUCAAAGCAGACGAUACGGUCAUCUUCGGUAGCGCCGUGCCUGGCAUCUCUACCCUGACGAAGGAUGCCGGCAUGGACGAGGAGCUCAUGAGCACGCUUCUGGGCUCGGCACCGCCUUAUGUGUCUUCCUCUACCACGCCGGCCUUUCCAUGUCUACACUUGCUAUCUGUGCCUAGCAAGCUGAGCGUGCCCAAACCGACUCUCAACAACUCACAGGGCCAGAUCACCAGGCCGCAAGCCAGAACGCUUGCAUCCCUCUUCGGCGGCAUCAGAGCAGAGCGAAGCAUUUCCACGUCUAGCUCGCUCGCUGCCUCGCCACUGGCAGAAUCCCCACCGUCGUUGGCCGAUCCAACAAUCUCACCAGAACCGAGCCUCGAUCUGAUCAGUGUUCGCGCCAUAGCUGUGGAUCGCGUCAUACGAAGGGCCGCGUUCGCAAGAGAGAUUGCGCAAGCGACGGCCAAGCUCUGUCGAUCGCGUCUACGGUCCCAGAAUGUUUCCGCCGAAGCAAGUGAUCUCGUAGUGCAAUUCCUGGCGAGGCUAGACCCGCCGAAAGGUUCAGAAGCCGUCAGUAUCUCGACGGCGCGUACAGUGUCGACGAGCAAGAAAGGUAAAACGUCAAUCACCGGUCCAUUGUAUGCUGCAAGUGCAGAAGAGCUCGCUAGAGCGUAUCAGGGUCUCUGCCUGGACAUUGCUCGGAUUGCCCAAGCAUCAACGGAGAGCUCUGAUAGCAUUAACGAGGAGGUGGUCACUCAGGAUGCGCUCGAAGCAGUCGAGGACGUUCUUGUGGGUCUGUCAUACGACCGCUUGUUCUGUAUUGACGACGGCAAGGAUCGCGCAGACGAUGUCAAUCUUGCGUCGCGCAUCGCAGGAUUGAACAUGCUUGACUUCUCACUCGAUCAUCUCAGUCUGCAGCUGGAGCCCAGCAGCGGCGCACCUGCAGAGUGGGAUGAAGCACACAAGACGCUCAGAGAAGGCAUCGAAGAUAUUGUGCGCGAGUGCGGCGAGAUGCUCAAACUCCUCUCCGGAGCAAGUUAUCGUACGCCAAAGAGCAAGCUCGAUCUGUUCGUCAGAAUACACAAGGCUCUCGUCGAUGGUAUAAGCAAGCUACCUGCUAUACCCACCAAGCCUGAAGUCGCCAACGAAAGCGAAGCCAGUACAGAACUAGAGAUGGCCGAUGCCAUCAAUUCAUCUCUGCGCGAGGCUUCGGUGCGAGAUGGCCAGAAUGCUAGUCAAUCGAGCGCAGAUCUUUUGCUGCCAAUCCUCAUCUUCAGUGUCGUUCGUGCAAACCCGUCACAGUUCAUCUCACAUCUCCGUCUCAUCGAACGUUUCCGUUGCGAGCUCCUGCUUCACGGCGAGACCGCAUACUGUGUCUGCAACCUGCAAGCAGUCGUCGAAUACCUCUUGCACAUCGAUCUCAGUAGUGUCGGCAUGGGCUCCGCUCGGGUGAUCAGCUCGGAAGACGGCUCACCAACUCAGACGACACAGGCCAAGCUGGAGCCUGCACCGGCAUCAUCCAUCAGGGCGCGAGUCACGCAAGAGAUGGAUAUUGUCGCCACCGGCGCGACACGCAUGCUGGGCGGCGUGGCAGGCGGGUUAGCUACAACGCUCGAUGGAGGCGUGAGGCUCAUAGGAGGAAGCUUUGGCUUGCUCACGAAGCAGCCCGUCUCGCUAGACGAGAUAAAGAGCGUGCUCGAUGGCAAGGGUGGAGAGGAUGGUGCGAUCACCAAACGGCUGGGCCUGCUCAGACGGGCAUCUAGCCCUUUGACGCCUAUCGCUGCACCUGAGAAGCCGCGAGGAAGGGCACAUACGACGAGCACACCGCUCGAACACAAAGAGCUGGCAGAGUUGACACCUCCGGCCGCCCGCGAGGGCACAAGCAAUGGGGCUGCGCCUGUUCAAGCGCGACUAUCGCGGACGAGCUCAUCCACGGCAAUCAAUGCUCAGCCUGGUACUGAAGACGACAAGCCUUCGAUAUCAGACCGUCUUGCAGCUAUCCCGGGACUCAAUCGACUGUCUGCAUCUGGCGCGUCAUCACUGAGGUCGAGCAUCCCUGCCGAUCCUGCUCCAGCGUCUCGCACAAUGUCACUGCUUACCCAUAACGAGGGCUACUUUGUGAACAGACGUUUAUCGAAUCUCUCCCUCACGGCUGCAAACACAGAUCAUGUUCAGGACGCGCAAACGAUCUCGCCGCCUCUGCAGCAGUUCCUCGAGGCUCACGACGCAAGCGAGCUGCGAUUGGGAGACAUCGAUCUCUUGCUCAAGGACUAUAAGCGGCUUUCUGUCGUCGUAGAGAGCCUGAUGAAGAUGCAGCCAAGCUAG